UCUUUUCAUUUGAUGAUGGAAAAAAAGUUACAUCAUCUGCUGCUGUUGCUGCUGCUGAAUGUUGAAUGUUGAAUCCAAGCGAAAAAGAAUUAUGAAUGUAAUGGAUGAAGAAAAAAAUUAUCUACUCAAUUUGUUUACCAAUAGUAUUGGAUAUACUGGUAUACAAAUGAAACCAUUAAAAUGGUACGAUUGGCAAUCAAUAAUCAAUGUGAUGAUCAAUUUGAUUAUCAAUGGAAUUAUAUUCUAUACAUUUGUCAUUACAAAUUAUACAUCAUGGGAUGUUUUGGUGGAUACAUCGAAUAAAGAAUAUAAAAAUUUAAAUAAUUUCAUCGCAAUGUUUUCCAAUCACUAUGGUCAAAUAAUGUGGUUGUUCAUAACAAUUUAUCAAUAUUUUUAUAUGCGUUCAAUUGUCCGAUCAAUGUCAUCAACGAUAUUUCAACGUAUUUAUCGUCAUAAAUAUCAUUUAUUCAUUAUGUAUGGCAAAACAUUAUUGAUAAUGGCACCACUUUUAUUUAAAGAAUUAUAUUACAUCUGUUUUGGAUAUGGUACAAAUUUUUUCGAAACUAUUUUCAUUAUAUUCAUUUGUCAUUGUAUUGAUACUUCAUUUGUUAUGCCAUUGUUUAUAAUGGCGUAUGUUAAAUAUGCAACAAUUGAAUCAUUGAAAUUAACGAUGAAAAUGAAUAAGAAUAAUGUUGUUGAUGAACAACAAAAACAAUGUAUGGAAAUUAAACGAUUGGCCAUGAUGAAUCGUCAUUUCUCACGGAUAUUAUCGCCAUUAUUAUUAUUCUGUUUGAUUUCAUUUCAUUUAGAUUUGAUUACAUUAUUUUUCUGGCAUCUAAAAGGAAACGAAUUUCUAUUAUCAUUCAUAUCAUUAUUAACAUUUUGGAAUUAUCUUGCCUUUGUUUUACAUAUGGACUGGCAAAUUGUUCAAUUAAUCGAAAAAAUUAUCGAAAUUAUUCAAACAAAACAAUUUCAAUGUUGUGGCCAAUGUUAUCAAUAUAGACAGUUUAAUUGUCUAUUGAAUAAUGGUGGUGGUUAUUCAUCGAUGAAAAGUUUUUAUUGUAGCCAUAAUUCACGUUGUAUUGAAUUCUAUUAUGAAUAUUUAAAUGAUUUUCAUAUUAAUCUUUACGAUAUUUGUCAUGUUGAUUUUGUAUUUCUUUUUGAUUCAUUCCUAUUCACUAUUACAUUUAUUGUAUUAUCAUUGCAGAUAUUUUAUUAACAAAC